UGUCGUUUUCCCUUACCUCCAGUCCUUGCCAAGAGUCCCCCGUCACCUUCGGAUUUAGUCAUCAGGGAGGCUUUACCGAAACUCGAACAUGCUUUAUCUGCUCGUUUCGCAGCGGGUGGGAUCGACAGCAUGAGCGUAGCUGUCGUCACAUCGGACGGCCCCAUUUAUGACGGCUUUUGGGGCCUAUUGCGUGCUAACGAGACGGAAGAUGAAAAUCAAAGGGCCGUCGACAGGCAUACUAUCUAUCGUCUGGCAUCUAUUUCGAAGUUAACUACUGUCCUGGAAACCUAUAUCUUGCGUGACCGUGGAGCACUGAACCUGGACGAUCCCGUCAAGAAAUUUCUGCCGCAGCUAUCGUAUACACCAGAAGAUGAUCCGCUAACUUUUCGUCAGCUUAUGAGUCAUAUGUCUGGACUAGGGAGAGACUGGCCUCCAGGUGACUCUAGUAAAGCCUGGCCAAAAUCCCUGGAUGGUGCCGGCCCACCGCAUUACAAUGGCCUGCCCUUUCCCAGUCAUGAACAAUUCUUCGAUGCAAUUGCACAUAACCAACUUAUCGUCCCACCAUAUACGUACCCCAUUUACUCGAACACUGGUUUUUCUCUUCUUGGUCUGGCCAAUGUAGCUGCCAGUCGAGCGUUUGAAGGAGGUGAUUCGCCUCAAACGCAUGCCGAACUCCUCCAGCGCGACAUCUUCGAUCCUCUAGGGCUCAAUGGGAGUUCUUUUUUGCUCACAGAAAUCAACCAACCACACGUUGCUGUAGCUUCUAUGGUGACUGUAGAGGCAGACCAGGAUUUCGGGGACGCGACAAAUCCCGCAGGCGGUCAAUACGGUUCAUUAUCCGACCUAACCAAACUGAUGCAGACUUUCCUCAACCCAUCUGGACCUAAAAGUCUGAUUUCUUCCUAUACCAUGAGAGAGUGGGUGCGACCCAUACACGUGUGGUUCGAUGAUUUCUCUGAAGUAGGCGCUCUUUGGGAGAUAUAUAAAUCCCAUGAUUCAUACGGACGAUCACAAAAGAUCUAUCAGAAGUUUGGCAAUCUGGCGGGAUACCACUCAGCGUUCACUAUGAAUCCAGUCAACUCGUAUGGUAUCGUUGUUCUCACCACAGGCCCAACCGUGGGGAUUAUUCCACUCAUAAAUAUCAUUAUCGAAAACUUGCAGCCUGCAUUCGGCUUGGCACUUGAGAAUGCUACUCGUGAUUUGUUGGUCGGGACGUGGCUCUCGGAUGAUGGCCAAGGAACAGUUACCAUUGUGCUAGAAGAAGGGUCUCUUUUUGUCACUCAGUUCUUAUUGAACGGAACAAAUGUUCUAUCUGUCAUGCAUCAAGGCAAACAUCCGACGAAAGUACCGCUCUGGUCUUCUGGAGAGGAUGAGUUUAAGCUCGCAAUAUCCCCCGAGGCAGACGGCUGUUUGUUUUCGUGGGUUGGUCUCGAUGGCUUUGGAUACAUUGAUGGUUAUUCAGUCAACUCUUUGCGUGUUACACGCACAGGAAAUGAUACCAUCCUUCACCUUCCGGCUACUGGGACGGAGUUAAAGCGUCCAUAUCAAUCGUAUCCAUCUCGCUAGGCCCAGACAGGACUACCUUUAAAAGCCUUUUUCAACGCCAGCUCACUGCUCAGCCUCUGAGAACGCGGAGCUUGUGUGAUGCCGCGAACUGAAAGAAUCUUUGAUCGUCACAUUGUAUUAAUGGGUUGUCGAUGAAUAGAGAAUAUUUGUAUUUU